CCUCCCACCUCCCGCGAGCCUCUCCCGUACCCCUGGGCGGAAAGGCCCAAAAGCGUCCGGCCUCUUUUCGGGCGCGCGCUCGCGCUCCGGGCCGUGGCUUUCUCCCAUCUUCUCCCUCCUUCUUCACUCCCUCGGCCUCCGCUCGGGAUGAGCUGCCGCCUUAUUGCCCAGCAUCGACGGGGCCCUUUGGGGAUCCCCAACGGCCAGAAGGCCUGGUGCCGGAUGUUUCUUCAGGUCGCAGCCAGCUAUCUACAGGCCUCCAACGGGCUACAAGAUGAGAAAAUGAGCAGGAUGGAGUUGACGGAUGUGUUGGAGGAAGCUGUUGUGCAGCGGGAAGGACAUCUCGUAACUUUGAACAAGCCCCAGGGCCUGGCAGUUAUAGGGAAACCAGGGGAUGUGACGGUGCAUUCGGUCCUGCCAGAGCUGAGCCAGCGCCUGGGGUUUGACCAGCCACUUGAAGUGGUCAAAUCUGCUGAGAAGGAGAGCUCUGGUCUUGUGCUCCUGUCUGGCUGUCCCAAGACUUCAGAGAACCUCAGGAACUACUUCAUCUGGUCCCACAGAGCCAAGAGACCCGCAGUUACAUACCGUGCCAUUACUGUUGGUAUUCCAAAUCCUUUUGAAGGUGAAGUCAAAACUGCGCUGAAGCUGGAGCAGAAAUGGGGAGAGAAGUGGUUGUUACCGGUGAAGGACUCAUUCCGCCGGAAGCAAGAUGACACUAAAACUACAAUGAGCUGGUACCGUGUGUUGGACUCCAAAUGGGACUGUGCCCUGGUACAGCUUCAACCACUGUCAGCGUUCAGUGGCCAGCUCCUCGUACACAUGAUGCUGAAGCUGUGCCCGGUGCUGGGUGACCAUAAGUACUCCGCAUUUGUGGGCACCGCUUUGGGCCAACGUUUCCUAUUGUCACCGGACACCAUGCCCCAGAAGCAGCAUCAGGUGCUGGAUGAGCGUCUCCUCCACCGCCUCCACUUAACUCAGCAGCAGAUGUCACUCGUACCCAUCCACCUCCACCUCCACCAACUUCUCCUCCCAAAGAAAGGUUUAAAGCCCGGUCACAAUGUGCUCACAGCCCCUCCGCCGCCCUUCUUCGUGCAGACUCUGGAGCGGCUGCAGCUCAGGUUUUAAGAGCAUAAAAGAGGGACGAUGCCUAGUUUUUGUUUUGUUCUGGUUUUGGGGGGGUUUUUUGUGGGGGGAAGGGGGCGGGCACUCUCUGACCUGUCACCAGAUGAUACGUGUGUGGGAAGAGCUGGUUGCCCUUCUGGGUAUCCAGCCUUAUCAUUUGAUUGUGUGCUUUUUGAGAGCAGGGAUGGGUGACUUGGUCCUGUUGUACUCAGUAUGUGCUCACUCAAUAAAUCCCCUUUGAUAGGUAGGUAUCGA